AUGGAUCAAGUCCGAGAUAACGCGAGCACAAACACGAUUCAGCAAGUUUUCGAUGAAAAUGUAGUUAAUAAUGUGCAGCAGCAGGAUGGAGCUCUACCGCCUGGGUUCACGAUCACGACAUCCGCGAUGGCUCUCUGGGACUAUGCGCAGACAAUCGUGCAGGAUGAACAAGAGCGCGCGCAGAACCGUCACCAUGUAGCGCGUCCUCCCCACCCUCCCAUCCCAAUGUCGCGUCGCAACAGAUGCAUCCUGACACUCAUCCUUGAGGAAAAGCGAGACAAUUUGAAGCAGCUGUGGAAAGAAUUAAACGAGAUCGAGCUCUUCUUGGGUUUGGAGUUUGUUUGA